AUGGUACCGUACUUCUUUGUUAUUGUACCUCUUGUUACCGUACCUUUUAUCACCGUACCUCUUGGUACCGUACCUCUUAUCACUGUACCUCUUGGUACCGUACCUUUUGGUACCGUACCUCUUGUUACCGCACCUUUUGGUACCGUACCUCUUGUUACCGUACCUUUUGGUACCGUACCUCUUGGUACCGUACCUUUUAUCACCGUACCUCUUGGUACCGUACCUCUUAUCACUGUACCUCUUGGUACCGUACUUUUUGUUAUUGUACCUCUUGUUACCGUACCUUUUGGUACCGUACCUCUUGGUACCGUACCUUUUGGUACCGUACCUCUUGGUACCGUACCUUUUAUCACCGUACCUCGUGGUACCGUAUCUUUUAUUACUGUACCUCUUGGUACCGUACCUCUUGUUACCGUACUUUUUAUCACUGUAUCUCUUGGUACCGUACUUCCUAUCACCGUUUUAACAAAAGAUAUGGUACCAAAAGGCGCGGUAACAAGAGGUUCGGUACUAAAAGUACGGUAA